AUGGAACAAAUUAAAAACUUUUAUAACACUAUUUUAAAAUCUUCACAUCCAAUAUUAUUAGCGAUACAUUUAUCAGGGAAGGCUGCUCCCAUAUUGUUCUAUAUAUUAGGAUCAAUCUUUACAAGUUUUACGGUACAAUUUAUCGUAAUUAUUUUACUCGUUUCCUUUGACUUCUACAUUACAAAGAAUAUAAGUGGUAGACGGUUAGUCCAAUUGCGUUGGUGGUAUGAUGCAACUAAUAAAUCCAAUUCAAAUUUUGUAUUUGAAUCAUACAAACAAUAUGAUCAAUCUUUAGCUGUACUUAAUCCAAUUGAUAACAAAUUAUUUUGGUGGUCUAUGUACUUAACACCUAUAAUCUGGUUUAUUUUCGGUAUUAUGUGUCUUUUAAGAUUGAAAUUGUUUUCCUUCAUCUUGGUCAUUGCUGUGACAUUUUUAACAGGUUGUAAUACAUAUGGUUUCAGAUUAUGUGAUAGAUGGGAACCAAAUUCCGAAAAUAAUAAUAAUAAUAAUGGUUAUGAAGGAUUUACUACAUGGUUCCAAUUACCUAAUAUUUUAGACAAUUUGUCAAAUGUGGGCAGAGUUCAAACACUGUUUCAAAAUUUUGGCAAUAGAGGAAAUAAUAACAAUUAA